UACUGUGUCUCUUUCAAAAUCAUUUCCACAAUUUUUUGAAACCCAAUUCCCAAGAAAAAUGGACACACCAGAAGAAGGAAUCGGAAUCAAAAUCUACGACACAACCCCACAAGACGACAUAGAAUCAUCCUCACUACCUUACCACCCUCCAUCCACGGCAGUUCCAGGACAAGGUCGAAAGCGACGCGCCGUCGCAAAGGGCGUGCAAAAGACGCUCUCAAAAACAUCAAUGCUGGCAAAUUUUCUCCCAACGGGAACCCUUCUGACUUUCGAGAUGGUUCUUCCGUCAAUCUACGGUAACGGCGAGUGUUCCCCUGUUUCAACCACCAUGAUGCACGUCUUAUUGGGUCUCUGUUCUCUCUCCUGCUUCUUCUUCCAUUUCACCGACAGUUUCCGGGGACCGGACGGGAAGGUGUAUUACGGGUUUGUUACCACUAAGGGUUUGGCUGUGUUUAAGCCUGGAUUGGAUGUUGAAGUUCCCAAAGAUGAGAGGUAUAAAUUGGGUGUUACUGAUUUUGUUCAUGCUCUUAUGUCUGUUUUGGUUUUCACGGCGAUCGCUUUUUCCGAUCACCGGAUAACUGACUGUGUUUUUCCUGGACAUGAGAAAGCUAUGGAUGAAGUUAUGGAGAGUUUUCCUUUGAUGGUUGGGAUUGUUUGUAGUGGCUUGUUUCUUGUGUUUCCAAAUACUCGUUAUGGUAUUGGAUGCAUGGCUACUUAAUUAGAGUUAAUUAUUACUUAAUUAUAAUUAUAUUAGUAAUUAGAUAAAAAUAAUAAUAUCUUAUUAUAUAUAUAUGUAUGUUAGUGCCACUUGUAGUAGGGUUGGUUUAUUGAUUGUUGUAUGAUGAAUUAUGAAAUGUUUCAUGUUUUAUUAUUUUAAGUAUAUGUGUUAAUUUGUUGUUUA